AUGUCUGCUUUGGCUGCUUCAAGGGUUCUUCUUCUUAUGGGGGAUACCUUAUCCGCCACCAAAUCCUAUGGCUUCUCACGCAUAGCAGCACAACCGAGCGGCGUACGUUUUUUCGGUCGUGUGAGUACCAAGAGUGAGCCUCUCACCCUUGCAAAUCUCGGUUUCAAGGGGGAAAUCAAGGCGGGAAAGGGAAAUGAGAAAAACAAGCUCAAGCUAGGGGUUUCCACCAUCGAGGUUCCCAAAAGAAGGGAAAAACCUGUCACCCCUAAAGAAACUAAAGUUAUUAAGACGAAAGAGAGAGUCGACGUAGCUGCAUUAGCUCCAUUUGCCGCAAAAUCCUUCUCGGAACUCGGCCUUCCUCCAUUACUAGUCGAGAGGUUGGAGAAAGAAGGAUACAAAGUCCCGACUGACGUCCAGGCUGCUGCAAUCCCCACCAUUCUUAAGGACCACGACGUUGUGAUUCAGUCCUACACGGGCUCUGGCAAAACCCUAGCCUACCUCCUUCCCAUACUUUCUGAGGUGGGCCCGCUCGGGAAGGACAGCGACGGGCACCGGGCUAGAACCGAUGUCGAGGCAGUUGUCGUGGCCCCAUCUCGGGAGCUUGGGAUGCAGAUUGUGCGUGAAGUCGAGAAGCUACUGGGGCCUUCGGACAAGAGGAUGGUGCAGCAGCUGGUGGGGGGCGCGAACAAAGCCCGGCAAGAGGAGGCCCUCAAAAAGAACAAGCCUGCCAUUGUUGUGGGGACACCAGGCCGGAUAGCUGAGAUAAGCGCGUCGGGAAAGCUCCGCACCCACGGCUGCCGGUUUUUGGUUCUGGAUGAGGUGGACGAGCUUCUCGCCUUCAAUUUCAGAGAGGAUAUGCACCGCAUAGUGGAGCAUGCCCGGGGGAUGAAAGCGACCGAGCUGCAUGGGGAUCUUGGGAAGCUUGCUCGGUCGACCAUCUUGAAAAAGUUGAGGAAUGGGGACGUGAGGGUGCUGUUGACCAACGAGCUUUCAGCCAGGGGGUUGGAUAUUCCGGAAUGCGAUCUUGUGGUUAAUCUGGAGUUGCCUACGGACCCGAUUCAUUACGCGCAUCGGGCGGGACGAACGGGCCGUCUCGGGAGGAAGGGUAAUGUGGUCACUAUAUGUGAGGAGCAGGAAGUGUUUGUCGUGAGGAAGAUGCAGAAGCAGCUUGAGGUGGUUAUCAAGCCUUGCCAGUUUGCGGAGGGAAAUCUUGUCGUUGAUGAGGAGGAAUGA